AGAGGCGUGGCCAACAAGGCGCCCGCCGCUAUUGGUUGUGGGGAUGGAGAUUGACGCAGCUCUGAGCCAAUGGGAGAAGAGAGAGGAAAUGGCGGCGGAGAACGGAAGUGAUAGUGGAGAGAAAGGAACAGGAAGAGGAUGGGCCGGAAGCGGAAGAGGACGGAGCGGAAGCGGAAGUGCAGCGAUGGUUUGGUUACGGGUCGGGGCUCUCAGCGGCUCCGUAGCGGUGGCGGCUGCGGCCUACGGGGCCCACGGUUUCCGCCGCAGCGACCGGGAUGAUUAUCAGAAGGAGAUCUUCGACACAGCCAACCGGUACCACCUCCUGCACAGUCUGGUGCUGCUCAGCGUCCCCCGCUGCCGCCGGCCCAGCGUGGCCGGAGCGCUGCUGUGCACGGGGAUGUCGUUGUUCUGCGGUCCGUUCUAUUACUUCGCCAUUACCGGGGAUCCGUCGUUGAACCGGGCAGCUCCCGUGGGCGGGACGCUGCUCAUCCUGGGCUGGGCCGCCAUGGCGCUCUGAGCGGCAUCGCCCCUUUAAGAGCCCGGUGGCGUUGCCCUUUUAAGACCCGUCGCCCUUUUAAAUACGGCGGCGUUGCCCCUUUAAGCCCCGGCCCCGCCUUUCCUAUUGGCUGAGCUCUCCGCCAAUCAGCGUGGAGCUCUCAGAUGGAGGAGGCAGCCAAUCAGUGCGCGGGGGCGUGGCUUACUCUCUUUGUGCUGACGUCACCGCGCUGUUGCGGGGCGACAGCCAAUGGUGGUCGAGCACAGCCUUAUCCCCGCCCCUUCGCGGUGAUUGGCUGCAGACAGCGCAUAUCGGGAGUGAAGAGCGGCCUCUGAUUGGCUGCGUCUUACCCCGCCCCUCACGUAAAUCAGCCAAUAAAUCAUCGAGUUUUAGCAGC